AUGCGUAGGGCUCCAUUCCUACCACACUGUCGAGGUCUACAGAGGCGCUUUGCGAGUGCCCAAUCCCAACUAGACGCGGAUGUCGUGGUGAUUGGAGCUGGGGUGGUGGGUCUCGCCAUCGCCAGGGAGCUCGGCCUGGCGGGUCGCCAGGUGUUGGUGCUGGAUUCCGGACCCGCCAUCGGCACCCAGACAAGCAGCCGGAACAGCGAGGUCAUACACUCAGGCAUCUACUACCCCCCCGGGAGUCUCAAGGCCCAGACGUGCGUGGAAGGCAAUGCCCUCAUGUACAAGUUUUGCGAGCAGUACAAUGUCCCUGUCCGUCGCACCGGCAAGCUGCUGGUGGCCACCAGCGACCAGCAGCUGGACCAGCUGGAGAGCACCCGGCGGUCGGCUGCGGCCAAUGGCGUGGAGCUGGAGCGGCUCACCCCUGGCGAAAUCCGGGAGCUGGAGCCGGAGGUGCAAGCCGUCGCAGGGCUGCUUGCGCCCAAUACGGGCAUCGUCGACAGCCACAGUCUCAUGACGGAGCUCCAGCGCCAGAUCGAGGAGGCCGGAGGGAUGGUGGCGCUCCACAGCACGGUGGAGGGCGGGGAGGUGGGCGGCGCGACCAAGCGUCUGGCCGUGCGAGACGGCCCGCCCGGCGGCGAGACCGUCUCGCUGACCUGCGCGGCUGUGGUCAACGCCGCCGGCCUCUGGGCGCAGCGUGUCUCGCGCUGCCUGCUCGGGGUGGAUCCGCGCCGCGUCCCCCCCCUGGCCCUGGUCAAGGGCUCCUACUUUGCGCUGAGCGGGUGCAGGCCCCCGUUCCGCCACCUCGUCUACCCGGUGCCUGGCGGGGGCGGGCUGGGCGUGCACCUGACCCUGGACCUGGCGGGGGGGGCCAGGUUCGGCCCCGACACCUGCUGGCUGCCGCCGGGGACAGACCCCGACGCCCUGGACUACAGCGUAGACCCGGGCCUGCUGCCGGCCUUCCAGGCCGCCGUCCGGGCCUACUGGCCGGGGCUGCCGGACGGGGCGCUGCAGCCGGGGUAUGCGGGCUUGCGGCCCAAGGUCGCCGGCCGCGGCCAGCCGGCGGGGGACUUUCUGGUGUGUGGACCCGAGGCCACGGGCGCGCCGGGCGUGGCCGCGCUGUACGGCAUCGAGUCCCCGGGCCUGACGGCCUCGCUGGCCCUUGGCAAGAGGGUCGCGGCGCUGCUGGCCGGGAGGUGA